GCCGGAAAUGGGCUGCAGAACUGCGGCGCGCGCUGUCAGUCUCAGAGGCUUCGAGCCGGCACAGUUGCGGCAUCUGUCGAGGCAGCGCGGGUGCUUCUGAUCUUCCCGAGCUUCGCCGUCCGGAGCGCACCAUGGACGAAAAGGAGUUAAUUGAAUACUUCAAGUCUCAGAUCAAAGAAGAUCCUGACAUGGCCUCAGCAGUGGCUGCCAUCCGAACUUUGCUGGAGUUCUUAAAGAGAGAUAAAGGGGAGACAAUCCAGGGCCUGCGAGCGAACCUCACCAAUGCCAUAGAAACCCUGUGUGGCGUGGACUCCUCUGUGGCCGUGUCCUCUGGAGGGGAACUCUUCCUUCGCUUCAUCAGCCUGACCUCCCUGGAAUACUCUGAUUACUCCAAAUGUAAAAAGAUCAUGAUUGAGAGGGGAGAGCUUUACCUCAGGAGAAUAUCGCUGUCAAGAAAUAAAAUUGCAGAUCUGUGCCACACCUUCAUCAAAGACGGGGCCAGGAUAUUAACUCACGCCUCCUCCAGGGUGGUCCUCAGGGUCCUGGAAGCAGCCGUCACGGCCAAGAAGCGUUUCAGCGUGUACAUCACAGAGUCUCAGCCGGAUCUAUCAGGGCAAAAAAUGGCCAGAGCUCUGUCCCACCUCAAUGUCCCCGUCACUGUGAUCCUGGAUGCUGCCGUUGGCUAUAUCAUGGAAAAAGCAGAUCUUGUCAUAGUUGGUGCCGAAGGAGUUGUGGAAAAUGGAGGGAUUAUUAACAAGAUUGGAACCCACCAGAUGGCUGUGUGCGCCAAAGCACAAAACAAGCCUUUUUACGUGGUUGCAGAAAGUUUCAAGUUUGUUCGGCUCUUCCCGCUAAACCAGCAAGAUGUCCCAGAUAAGUUUAAGUACAAGGCGGACACGCUGAGGUCUGUGCAGGCUGGACAAGACCUCAAGGAGGAACAUCCCUGGGUCGACUACACGCCCCCAUCCUUAAUCACACUGCUGUUCACAGACCUGGGCGUCCUCACGCCCUCAGCAGUCAGUGAUGAACUCAUCAAGCUCUAUCUAUGACCACCGCAGCCGUCUUUGCCAGCAGACCGUUUCUGUAGUUGGGGCAGGUUGACAAGCCUCUUGACCCCUCGUGAGCCAGGCCAAAACAGAAUUUUUUUCAUGGGGAUCUACAGACUAAGAAUUUAAAACCAUAAAUCUUUUUUACUCUUUUCAGUCCCAUCUAAAAUGUUUUCAUGGUUCUCCUAAGACUCAACCUAAAUAUUACUUGAGUUUUUCAGAGACUUUACUCAUUCUCAGUUCCCAGAAAUACAACUUAUUGGCUACUUGACAAAUUGGCAAGAGAGGACAUGCCCAAGUCCACCUCCCUUCAUCAUCCCCUGCAUGCCAGACUGUUUGCCAAAAGCAUCCAUUAAUGACAUAAAGGCCUAAAAGCAGCGUUCCUGACUAGAGCCAGGCACUCUUCACUACACGCCCAAGAGCUGGCCAGCACACAGGUUACAUACAGUGCCUUACAGGAAGGCAAAAAACACUUGCUGAAGUUACAUCAGGCUCACGGUGGUGAACAAAAGCCAGGGGCUGCCAUCGCUUCAAUGAGAUCAAGCCAAACGAGUGGACACUGUACCAGGACAACGCAAGGGAAGCCGACAGGCCCUCGGCAGUAGCAACCCUGUGCAAUUCCCCACUUACAGGGGUGCCUUCUGGAAUGCAGGUUGAAGUUAAAUUCUGUAUCUGUGAAAGAUGCAAAUUUCCUUUAAACAUGUUUGGGUCCUGAAAAGUUUUUUUUAUUUAAUUAUGCUUUAAGUGAAAGUUUACAAAUCAAGUCACUCUCUCAUACAAAGUUAUACACAUCUUGCUAUGUACUCCUAGCUGCUCUCCCCCUAAUGAGACAGCACACUCCUCCUCUCCACCCUGUAUUCCCCGUGUCCAUUCAGCCAGCUCCUGUCCCCCUCUGCCUUCUCAUCUCGCUUCCAGGCAGGAGAUGCCCACAUAGUCUCAUGUGUCUACUUGAGCCAAGAAGCUCACUCCUCACCAGUAUCAUUUUGUCUAUAUAGUCCACUCCAAUCCCUGUCUGAAGAGUUGGCUUUGGGAAUGGUUCCAGUCUUGGGCCAACAGAGGGUCCAGGAACCAUGGCCUCCGGGGUCCCUCUAAUCUCAGGCCAUUAUGCCUGGUCUUUUUAUGAGAAUUUGAGAUCUGCAUCCCGCUGUUCUGCCCCAUCAGGGAUUCUCUGUUGUGUUCCCUGUCAGGGCAGUUAUCGGUUGUAGGCGGGCACCAUCUGGUUCUUCUGGUCUCAGGCUGAUGUAGUCUCUGGUUUAUGUGGCCUUUCUGUCUCCUGGGCUCAUAAUUACCUAGUCUUUGGUGUUUUCAUUUACCUUUGCUUCAGGUGGGUUGAGACCAACUGAUGCAUCUUAGAUGCCUGCUUGCUAACGUUGAAGACCCCAGACACCACUCACCAACCUGGGAUGUAAAUCGUUUUCUUAAUAUAUUUUGUUAUGCCAGGUGACCUAGAUGUCCCUUGAAAUGAUGGUCCCCAGACCCCCAUCCUUACUCUGGCCUUCAAAGCAUUUGGUUUAUUCAGGCAACUUCUUUGCUUUCACUUUAGUCCAGUUGUGCUAACCUCUCCUAUAUUGUGUGUUGCCUUUCCCUUCACCUAAGAUAGUUCUUGUUUACUGUCUAGUGAAAUACCCUUUUCCCUCCCUCCCCACCCUUGUAACCAUCAAAGAAUAAUUUCGUCUGUUUAAACUUUUUU